GGCUCCAGUUCUGAUCCAGCCCCGGGGGACCUGCCACCCAGUCUGGGAUCCAGGAUGCAGCCAGUCACCACCGGGCUCCUGCUGCUCUUGGCAGCGGCGUUUCCUGUCCUGAAAGCUGAACACCCCGUGGACCCAGCAAGCCCCUUCUAUUAUGACUGGCACCGCCUGCGGCUCGGAGGGCUGAUCGCCGCCGGCAUUCUCUGCGCCCUGGGGGUCAUUGUGCUGCUCAGUGGAAAAUGCAAAUGCAAAUUUAACCGCAAAGCCAGCCGGCGGCCGAAUGAGCCCCCUCACCUCAUCACCCCCGGCUCAGCCAGUAACUGCUGAACCACGAUGGUCCCGGGGCCAGGUCUCGCCCGGGGCGCUGGCUCCUUGCUGGGACGUCCCGUCCCCCCAGCCCCCGAUCUGGGGAAGCGGGAGUGGGAGAAGUUUUUUAACUGAACUUUCCACUCUGUGGAAUAAAAGUCUCCUGACCUUGAAA